UGCUCUCCUUGAUUGGCUCGGCCAUAGAAGCGCGUGAUCACCGCUCCUCCUCUACCAUAUCUCGGCCACCUGGAAUGUACUCGGAUGGGUCUACUCCCAUGUGGUCCACGAUCGUGCGGAGAGACGUUCAAAAACAGUUAAUGGCGUUAGAACGUGUUGACCGUGAAGAAGAAUCUCGGAUACGAAGGGAAAGGCGGGAACGCCUCGAAAACGGACCUGUUGAGACGUCGGACAACGUGGAUGACGAUUCUGCUGCCGGGAAGAAACGGAAGCGGCAGAAAGAAAUGGGACCAGGUGUGACCGCACGGACGAUGAACGAGGAAACGCGCAAACGAAUGAUGGACGAUGCGGCUAGCCGAGCAAUUGGUGGGACAGGUAAGCAGAAGUAUGGGUGGAUGAUGGCAGGUGCCGCGGCUGCUGCCGUCACGCCAACGAAGAAGGUUGCAAUAAGUACACCCUCAACCCCAGUUGCUGGAUCACCUGCACCCAAUGGAGUAAGCGGCACCUCUACGACUGGGACAUAUACCCCUUCCACUACGAAACCCCCGCCAUUACCCUCAGGCGGAGGAUGGGCAAGAGCGCGUUUUCCAACAUAUGGAACGACGGCUGGUACGGCAGAACAGGAAGAAGCACGGACGGUAACUAAGAAGGAUAUAGAUUUUGCCAUUGAGAAGGAGAAGGGUCAUGGUGGUGGGCGGGGGAGUGCCAGAGGAUGGACAUAGCCAUAUUGGGACAUGUUUGUUCCACUCCACACUCUCCGCCCCCGACCUACCUUAGCUU